AUGCCUUCCACCCUGGUACAGGAUCGUCCGCCCGCAUUCGCCGACCAUGACUCGGACUCCUCCGUCUCCGACAAUGAGCCUCUCGCCAUGGACAAGGACGCCGCCGAGGAAGAGCUGGAGAGACUAGUAUUUGGCGACAGUGCUGGAUUCAGACAGGGCAUCACCGGUUUCGCGCGCGGCGGCCAGCUCGUGCGCGCGCAGGACGAUGAUGAGUCGGUCGAUGACGCGGGCGACCAGCUCGACGAUAUGGCCGACGCAGAUCUCUUCUUCGUCGACGCCGGCCCGGACGCUGCUGCUGCCAAAGCGCUAGUCCCCGCCGCUCCCGCCUCGGACGAUGAAGACGACGGACCCCUCCGCGACGCCCCUGCCUGGGAAGACAGCGACGACGAGCGGCUAGUCGUGUCGCUGGCCUCGGUGCCGCGGCUGCGCAAGCUGCGCCGGAAUGAGGAGGAAGACGUGAUCAACGGCAAGGAGUAUGCGCGCCGGCUGCGCAGGCAGUUUGAGCGACUGCGACCCGCGCCCGAGUGGGCGAACCCCGCUGCGGCGGCGCGGAAGCCGGCGAAGAAGAAGCGGAGGGUCGCGCAGGGCGAUGGCUCGUCGGCCGAGGAGUCGUCGUCGGACGAGGACAUGGACGAUGUCGACGACGACCAAGACCUCUCGACACAGCCACUGGCUAAGCUGCUUCAGGACGCUGAUGCCCUGACGAGGAGCAGCGCGAGCACAAGCAAGAAGCGCAAGCUGCGGCCGGAGGUGCUGGACAUUCAGCGCACCAAGGACAUUAGCACCACGCAACCGUCGGCCAUCACUUCGCUCUCGUUCCAUCCCACGCUGCCCCUCCUCCUCUCGUCGGGCCCCAGCUCCACCCUCUACCUGCACCACGUCCAGCCGCAGCCACCGCACCCGAACCCGCUCCUCACAUCGCUACACAUCAAGCGCACGCCUCUUACGACCACGGCCUUCCACCCCUCGCCCGGCGACGCACGCAUCUUCCUCAGCGCGCGCCGGCGCUACUUCCACAUCUGGAACCUGCAAUCGGGCGCCAUCGACAAGGUCACGCGCGUGUACGGGCACCAGCACGAGCAGCGGUCCAUGGAGCGGUUCGCACUCUCCCCCGACGGGGCAUACAUGGCGCUGCUGGGCAGCGCGAAGAAAGGCGGCGGCGUCGUGAACAUUCUAGAUGCACACACGCUGCAAUGGCGCUGCCAAGCGCGGGUCGAAGGGCGCGGCGGCAUCGCGGACGUGGCGUGGUGGGCCAACGGGCGCGGCCUCACCAUUGCCGCCAAGACAGGCGAGAUCAGCGAGUUCGACGUCGAGCGCGUGCGCGUCGUCGCGCGCUGGCAGGACGAAGGCGCGGUCGGCACGUCGGUGCUCGCGCUGGGCGGGCGCAGCGGGCGCGAGGCCUUCCUGGGCGGCGACCGCUGGGUCGCCGUCGGCAGCAGCUCCGGCAUCGUCAACAUCUACGACCGGCGCGCGUGGCCCGGCGCUGCUGCCGCGGCGGGAACGUCGGCCGAGCAGCCGAAUGCGGGCGUCCCGGCCCGUCCGGCCCCUACCCGUACCCUCGACCACCUUACCACGCCCGUCUCGCACCUGGCGUUCAGCCCCGAUGGCCAGCUCCUUGCUGCUGCGAGCCGCUGGAAGCGCGACGCCCUGCGCUUGAUCCAUCUGCCGAGCUGUAGCGUGUAUCGCAAUUGGCCGACGAGCGGGACGCCGCUGGGCCGGAUCACGGCUGUUGCGUGGGGGGAUGGGGCGCUUGUGGAGGGGGCGGAGGGCCAGAGUGCUGGGUCGAAUGCGGAGUUGUUGCUGGCGGUGGCGAAUGAGGGGGGGAAGAUCAGGUUGUGGGAGGUUAGGUCUUAG